UAAUUGUCAAGUUUGAAGGUUACAAAACGUGACAAUCGGUGGGUUUUAUUUGUUUUCUUUUGACCAAUUUUCCAGUUUGUAAAAGAAUCGGUACGAGCGAAGAUGCGUGGCUUAUUGUUGUAAAGUGUAAAUCGUGAGAUGAUUACCAAAAUAAUGACGACCUUGCUGGCCGCCGCUGAAUUAUCGAACAUUUUCUCUGUGCUGGCAGUUUUACUUUGUUUCUUUGCAAUGAUUUUAUACAUCACAAGUUCAUGGAGACGAUUUUGUCUUUCCCACAAACAUGCAUCAGGUUCCUCCAAGGGUACCUCAAAUGAACAUGAUGAAGGUUCACAUACCUUUUACAUUCAAGUUACUGGAAACGUCCAAAUCAUCUUACUCUGGCUCGCACACAGCCCAAAAAACAAGGCAGUAUUUAACGGAAGGAAACGUGGAUUUAUUGGACCAUCCUCCAUAUAG